AUGAAAAUAGUUUUCAAUACCAAGUACCAUUCUGUUACUCUCUCUGCUUUAGAAUAUGCUUAUGAACACGGUACUUCCCAAGUUAUUAAAUCGUUGUAUGGUUUUUUCACUACUGGUUCAAAUAAUCAAUCACAAUAUUAUAAAUAUAUACUUAAAAAUGCAUUAUUUUUGUUAUAUAGAAAUAAAAAUAUAACUGGAGAAGAAAGAAUACAUUUUAUUGAAAAUUUUAACUCUAUAAUUAGGAAUUUAUCUGAAUCAGAAAGAAUGAUAUGCCACUUUGAAAAAAUGGGUUUUUUCAAUUUUUUAGAAAUUGAAUCUUUUUCUCAUCAGAUUGAGCUUUUAAAAAGUAAUUUAGUUGAACCAAUUGACUCAUAUAUACAACAAUUCUACAAAUAUUUGGAAUCAAGAUUUAAAAUACUAUAUACCGCAGAAUAUUAUCGUAUUUUUUUAAUAGUUAUACAAGUAUUAAUUAAUAAUAAACCGCUCGAGUCAUCAAUAGAAACUGCUUCAAGUCAUAGUGCCACUUUAUGUCCAAAAAAUAUAAAAAGAAUUAUAUGUAUUGAAUCUCAAAAUGAAUCAUUACUUUUUAGUUACUUUUCUCAAUAUGAUGAAAUUAUACCCGGUACAAAACAUAGUAUAGUAUAUCAAUAUACUUUUUCAACCUUUUCAACAAGUGGCUUAGUAUAUUUAUAUAAUAAUCAUCAUAAACAACCUACAAUUCCCAAUUUUGUCAUUAAGAAAAUUAAUCAAAGAUUUUCAAAUCAUAUAUUAACUGAAAAUAAUUUUAACAAAAAUGUUCUUAUGGAUUUCAUAAAAAAGUAUUUCGACCAAAAUAGAGUUAUAUUUACAAACUGGGGCCAAGUAUUAAAGUUUUUUAUCAAUUUUCUUACUACUCCAAUAAUCAAUAGAUUUUUUUCAGAUAUUAGAUCUUUAAGAAAUAAAAUCACAGUAGAAUCAUUUCAAAUGAUAACAGAAAUUUUGGAAAUUGUUAUUAAACCCUGUGUAUUUAAAAAAAAAAUAAACAAAGAUGCUCAAAUUAUAGAAUCCAACAGUGUUUUGCAAACCCUUGUUGAUGAUGGAAUACCAGUACACCCAAAGUAUUCAAUCAACUUUUCAACAAAGAAAAUAUUACUUUCAACUGAGAGUGAAAUUGACUAUAUUUUACAAAAUCUUAAUUAUUUUGAUUUCGGCUAUUUACUCAUUAAUCCAAAGUUCAAAAAUUUAAAAACAUCAAUUUACUUUGACCAAAGAAUUUCAAAUAUCCCAAAGCUCUUAAUUUAUAUCUAUUGCUACAUCAAAGAAUUAUUUAUAAAAACAAAUUUGGCAAAUAUAAAGGAAAUAGAAUUAUUAAUUAGUUCAAAAGCAAAAAACAAAAAUCCAAUCAAUCCCUUCAAUAGCAAAUACCAUUCCCAAUCAUUUUCUAAUGUAGUAAAUCAAUUAAAUAACAGUAUAGAAAUGGAUAGAUUAAAAAAUAUUUCCAAUAAUUCAAAUACAGAAAACUACAAUUAUCAUUCCCUAUCUGAUAAUGAUCAGUUUUUUAUUAAAUCUUUUGGUAAUAAUUUUUAUUUAGAAUUUUUACAAGAAAACAAGGGAUUAAUGGAAAAAAUUAUUAAAAAUUCAAUGAUUUUAACUUUUGACCAACUUGAUAAUAAAACAUUAAAACCAAUUUCCGAUUAUGAAGAAAUUUUAAAUCAUUUGGGAAACAAUGUGGAAACUAAUUCUGUUAUUUUAGUCGGGUUAAUACAAUUUAUCUAUUAUGAAUAUACAAUUAUAUCAAUUAAUAAGUUAAAGUUCAAUUUUGUUUAUUUCCAACAAGAAUUAAUCGAGUUAUUUUUCAGAUUACUUUUUGACAAGCAUUUAUGCAAAGCCAUUCACUUGUUUGCUCAAAUUAAAAAAUUUGAAAAUCUUUUUGUUUCAGAUACACUAAAUAUCUUUGUAAAAAGUGGCCAAAUUCAACUAGAUACCAAUAUAGAAUCAUCCAAAAUCAAUGAUUUAACUAAAGAAAUACUAGCUAAGGUUCCAUCCAAAAAAUUAAUAAUAUUUUUCCCAAUUUUACAACAUUUGUUCAACUUAUUAGUCUCAUGUAAUGAUUCAACUCAAGAUAUUAUUAUAGAAAAUUUGGCCCGUCUCCGUUAUCACUCUGUUCCAAUCAUCAUUGGUUAUUAUCAUUAUUUUUAUUUUUUAAAUUUAAAAGAUAAAAAAUUAUGCUUCUAUUUGGUUAGAAAACAAUCGUUUGUACACAAACUAUUCAACUCUACUAAUGAUUAUGAUGGUUUUUUAAAUGACAAUCUUUUUAAUCAAAUAAUUCCAAAGGAAUAUGAAAACAACUUAAUACCAGAAAUUUUAAGCUUUGCCCAAAAAGACAAUGACAAUAUCAAUAUCGAACUUUCUUUAGAAAUAAUUUAUCAUUUAAAUUAUAAACAAUUAUUAGUUAUCAUAAGAUUCAUGUUUUCAGUUAUUCCUUUCUUCAGUCAAGUGCCAAAAGUGUUAUAUUCUUUGAGUUGGAGCAUCAAUGAUGAUGUUUUAUUCUUACUUUCAAUAAAUGAAUACGAUCUCGCAAUUGAAAUAUUCAAUAGUUCUCCUCUAAUCAUUGAAUAUAAUACCAUUAAAACAGUUACAUCAAUUUAUUCAAUAGAUAAAAUAGCAAACAUUAAAAUCAAACAAGAAAAUAUUUUGAAUAUUUUAGUAGCAAGUUAUGGUAAUGAUAGAGAAGAUAUAAUAGUAUAUUUAAUCAAAAAACAUAACGAUGAAAUAUACUCAAAAUUAAAGUAUGGAGUAUUAUUAGAUCCAUCAAUGAUCAAUAGCAAUAAUAUUAAUUUAUUUGAAAUAUUAUUUAGAAAUGAUUCCAAUACCUCUUAUGUUUUAUCAAUUUUUAUAGACAAUUGUAUAAAAGUUAAUCGUAACAUUAUCAUAUUAUUGAGAAUCCUAAGAACUUUAAAAGAACUUUCACUACCAAAAGAUUAUGAUCAGCCACCUCAUCAUUAUGUAUAA